UAGAAUGACUGAACAGAAAUAGUACUGUCAAACCGCUUCAUCAAAAACCAAUCGUCCACGAACAUUUCGUCUAAUUGUUGCGCGAAUUUCACGAAAUAUAAUUGAUCUUCAAGUGCAAAUCAUUCCGUUUUCGCCACUCAACGUUUUAAACGCUGAUUCACAUUACCGUGUAGCGAGAGUCGUUUGCAUUGACAGUACGGAGACAACCCUAGCAACGAUAGAACAUACAAAGGCACAGUACUACUGAACCACAGUUGUAUCGAGAUGGCUGGUGCUAUGCUGAUCGACCGUGCCCAAUCGCACUCGCUGAAUCGGCAGGAUAUGACCAACUUUGCCCGUGAUCUCGAGGUGGACGAAAACGAUGAAGAACAGAUCAGACAGAAGGAACAGAAAAUUCUCGAACUGGGCGAAACGUACAAGAAGGAAGGCAAGGCCAAGGAGCUGGCUGAUCUUAUCAAAGUGACCCGUCCGUUCCUGAGCUUCCUGAGCAAGGCGAAAGCUGCCAAACUGGUACGUUCGCUAGUUGAUCUGUUUCUUGAUCUGGAAGCCGAAACAGGUAUAGAAGUGCAGUUGUGUAAGGAGUGCAUCGAAUGGGCGAAGCAGGAAAAGCGCACCUUCCUCCGGCAGUCGCUUGAGGCUCGACUGAUUGCGCUCUACUUCGACACGGGCAUGUACACGGAAGCGCUUAAUCUUGGCAGCCAGCUGUUAAAGGAACUGAAGAAGCUGGACGAUAAAAAUCUGCUCGUCGAGGUACAGCUGCUCGAGAGCAAAACGUAUCACGCCUUGAGCAAUUUACCGAAGGCCCGUGCCGCCCUCACGUCCGCACGUACUACAGCUAAUGCAAUCUACUGUGCACCGAAGGUGCAGGCUACGCUUGAUCUGCAAUCGGGAAUUUUGCAUGCGGCCGACGAGCGUGAUUUCAAAACCGCCUUCUCGUAUUUCUAUGAAGCGUUCGAAGGAUUCGAUUCUGUGCAGAGCAGCAAGGCACUGACCGCACUGAAGUACAUGCUGCUGUGCAAGAUCAUGCUCGGUCAGUCAGACGAUGUGAAUCAAAUUGUCAGUGGCAAGCUGGCCAUCACAUACUCGGGCCGCGAUAUCGACGCCAUGAAGGCGGUCGCGGAAGCAUCGCACAAACGCUCGCUGGCCGACUUUCAGGACGCUCUGAAGCAGUACAAGAAGGAACUGGAGGACGAUGUGAUCGUGAAGGCACAUCUGGGCACACUGUACGAUACGAUGCUCGAGCAGAACCUGUGUCGUAUUAUCGAGCCGUACUCACAGUGUGAGGUGAGCUUCAUCGCAGAACAGAUUGCCCUGCCCAUCGCUCAGGUUGAAAAGAAGCUCUCACAGAUGAUUCUGGACAAGAAGUUUAGUGGCAUUCUGGAUCAAGGUAUAGGCGUGUUGAUCGUGUUCGAAGAAACGCCGGUCGACAAAACUUACGAGACUGCACUGGAAACGAUACAGCACAUGGGCAAGGUGGUCGAUACGCUCUAUCAGAAGGCGAAGAAGCUGACGUAAAACGUGGUGGUUUUUGUUCCCGGCAACGGUUAGCGCAUAAUGCAAAUUAAUUAAUUUGUCUACCAGUCUUAACCUCUA